GUUUUUGUCUACGAUUAACGCCUAAUCAUCUUGAUCGUUGCUCUCCUGGUCAUACUAUAUCCAUGUUCGAGAUUGAUGUGAUUGGAUAACGAAAUUGGGGGAGCUCGGACAUUGAUCUGCCUGAGCCUAUCAGCUAGACCUGGCGGAGUCAGUGCCCUGUAGGGCCAAGUCGCCCCUAGACCAAAGAUGUCCGGCCCCGCUGCCGACGACAGCCUUGCUCAACCUCACUUACGUUCAGUCCGCUCAUUCACCAGGAUGGGAAGUUCGGACGCCCAGCCUUCUAUGUCGGACAAGCCGGCGGCCGAUCAGGCACAGGCCAGCAACGAGGCCGUAUCGUUAUUGACGCCCGAUAGCGAGAAACAGGAAGCUGGUCCAGAUUUGUUUGAAAGACGAGGCUCUGCGGAUUCGGGGAAUCGGGGAGAUGCCCAGGGUGAUGAGGGUUUCGUACUCUCACGAAGUGUGCAGGAUCCUUCAGAAGAGCUUCCUAUUGAGCUCAUCAGCUUGACGGAUCGAUUCAUCAACUCUUUGAGUGCCAAAGUGCACAACUCCCCUCCCACGAUCGAUAAAAUAUCCUCCAUGUUCCAAGUCUUCUAUAGUCGUGCCGAGUCUCAUAUUGCUACCCAUAUAUCGGCACUCGCAUCCCGCAUCAACCGUGGUCCACCACCACAACCGCAGAUCAAAUCGAGAGGGAGUGCACUUUCAGUACUAGCCAGCAAGCGUUCCCAGGAUGAUUUCAGACAAGGGAGUGGUGGUCGGCAAAUGCUGACUGCGGAGGAAGUCGCGGAGAGACGGAAAGCUCGCAAAGCUCUUGAAUAUAAACGGGCAGCAUUGGAAGAGGCUGCAGAACGGCGAGUAUGUGAAAUGGUUUACGACAAAAUUUGGAGGCACAGGAGCACUUUGGAUGAUGUCCGAGAUGAAAAACUGCGCUCCAAGACGGCGGCUUUGCUGCUCGUGGGCAUCGAUUUGAAGGACUUGGGCAUUGAUAUAGAUGUGUCUACGAUUGCGGACGAGAAACAACAAGAGGCCAACGACUGCCUGGCUCAAGCUCGGGAGUAUCUGGCCAAGAUGAACGACCAGAAGUAUCCGCUUGGGAAACUUCAGCAUCUAGCCGCUGCCCACAAGGCUAUCGUCGAUGCUCUUACAAAACUUCUUCCAUCCUCUUCGUCUGCGGAUGAGAUUCUCCCGACACUGAUCUACAGUCUUAUCACCUGUCCACCCGAGGGAAUCAAUAUCGUCAGCAAUUUACUGUUUAUGCAACGAUUCAGAUCUUCCAACAAGAUUGAUGGAGAGACUGCAUACUGCUUGACCAACCUGGAAGCCGCCAUCAGCUUCCUGGAAAACGUCGAAUUGUCUAGCCUACGUGCAGAUGAAUUGCAAGAGGGCCCUGUCAAAACUCCCAGCGAAGCCCCAACCCCAUCAUCAGAACGAGUCGAUCCACUCAGACCGAAACCAGAAACCACAACCUCGUCAGUUACGGCGGUAUCUGCAUUCCCUGAAAUUGCGAAGCCUGAAUCCAAAGAGCCGGCCUCUUCUACUUUGCCUCGCCCUCGUCCGUCCCCAACACCACAGCAGCGACGCUUAAGCAAUCUCUUCCAACCCCCAGCCAAGGUCCUCGAAGCUGCGAACGAUGCUGUCCGCAGCACCGCAGAUCAAGGCCUGAAGAAUAUUGGAGCAACUCUGGACAAUAGCUUCAACUUCCUUUUCGGCCGUCUCAAGGAACUGCAAACUACUUCAGUACCCAAUGCAGACGGAACCGAGUCCGUCCUCCCAAAGACCCUAGCCGAAGCUCGCCGACUAGUCGCCAACCCCCCAGCCAAUAAACAGAACCUCACACCCGACGAAAUCGAUUCCCUCAAUGCUCUCUCCAAAGAAGAUGCUUCACGCAAUAUAUCAGGGAACACAGGCCUUACCAGCGGAGGUAGAACACCUCGAGACCGCAGCACAGACAGUGCCAGAACCCAAGCAAGCAGCAAAAAGUCCAUCGCCGGAUCACGCGAAGAAUCCGUCCCAUCGCCAGCCGCUACCACAAGUCCCAAUCCUCUCGAAUCCAUGCGAAACUUUGGCAACACGCUUAACCCCCUCAACCAUAUUCCGGGCAUGAUCAAAAACUUCGGCCGCAAUGCGCCAGAGACCCCUGGUCCUCGUGCAAUUUCUCCUGCAGCAAUGGACCGCUUGAAGAUAUCACCCGCCUCGACGGAUAGCACCGCGACUCCAUCGGCCGUGUCUUCUGUGAGGAUUGACCCUCCGAUUCAACGGUUCCUGGAUGUACAGGAUGCGCGGGAUCUACGUCUUGGAGACGUGACUGUUUUGCUCGAAGAUUAUAAGAGAUUGGCCAUGGCUCUUGCCAGGGUAAACGAGGGGUCUCGUUGAUUUGACAGCCCUGGAUUUAUACUUAUGGCACGGUUCUGUGCCUAUUCUUGACAUUACGAGCUAUCUUGGGCGUUUAGCGGCAUUCUAUGGUUUAAAAUUUGUUCGGGUAAUAGUCAUCCAUUAAGCGGUAUAGUUUAACUUGGCCAUGCAUCCUUAGCUGUGGGGUUGUACAUAUCAUAC